UAUAAAGAUGGCCGCCAAUGUUGAUUAGUAAUUUUAGUUUUAGUUCAAGAAUAAAGAACCCAUCUAAUUUUCAUUCAUACAGGCCUAAUAUGCGGAUGUAUUAAUGUUGACAUGCCCAGUAACUAUUAACAGAUAAACUAAAGAUUACGUAAGAAUUAAAAGAGUGAACAGAAUGAAUAACUAGAAGUGGAUGCAGAAAACUCCAAUGUUCGACAUUUUAUUACAACGAAUAAUCUGUCAUGUGACUCUCAGAAACUAUGAGUUCAAUUGAUGACCCCAGUAUAAAAUGGGGAAGAAGGUUGCUUUCCAUGGUAACAGAAAAUCAAGAUGGCGGUGAUGUUUUAUCAGUGGGUGUGGUAGUAGGAAUAGCUGCAACAAUCUCAUUAGUUGUUAUCAUCGUAUUGUGUGUAUGUGGUGACAGUAAUGGUGAGGCUGAGUUGAAGAAAGUAAAGACAAAGUCAAGUAGUAAUAAUAUCAGACAAUCGGAUAAUCGUUAUGAUGAAGUACAAAUUGAGGAAGUUGAAAUCCGACCUAAAAAUGGUAUUAUAGAAUCUAAUGGUGUUACUACUGACCCCAAUCACCUUCAACAAGCAAGGCAAAGUCAAGCCAGUUCCUGCUCUUCACAGAUGCGACCCACUAGCCUGAGAGAACUGCCAGAGUUACCUCCCUCUUAUUCAGGAGAUGAUGAUACCUGUAUUCAACCUAACUCUCGUGCUAGUGAAAUUAUUAACGAUGAUUAUGACCAUCUCGGUCGUGAGAAAAAUGUUGGUGUGAGACCUGAAAAUUAUGACCAUAUUACACUAGAGUCUCCCACUCAAAUUAGUGAAGCAUCGCCUUCGGAUCCGCUUGUGGAAAGUCAUUAUGCUCAAGUUAAUGAUAGGACUUACGAUACCUGUAAUGACAGGGGUGCCGAAAAAUAUCCUAAAUUAACUAAUCAAGCCGAACCACCUUAUAAUAAAAUAAAGGACGACAAAGAUGAUGUGUCUUUCAGUGAAGAACAGAAUGAGCCGCCUUACAACAUGGUUAAGGAUGAUCCACCAUAUAAUAAAAUACAGGACGAUGACCCCUAUAAUCAAAUUCUUGACGACACCUAUUCAGUGCCGCGGGAUGAGGUCAUGGAACAGGGGCAGGAUCAUUACGAACUUGAACCUUUGGAUCCUGAAGAUCCCUACACAAUGGUCGACAAUGAAGAACCUAAAGUGAAUGGAGAGAGCAUGGAUCAAGCAUCAGGAUUCUCUACCUCCAGUGAUACAUUUAAAACUCCGGGAAGUAUGUCAAUAUCCAAGGAGAUGAUGAACAUGAUUAACGAAGGUUUUACGGUUACCGAGUCAUCCACCUCUAAUGAUUAUGCUGUGGUAAAUAAAGAGCGUAAUCCUGGCAACAAUCGACAACAGAGCUCACAAGGAGCAACUGCAUUUCCUUGUCCUCCCGAGCCUCCACGUGGAUAUCGAGCAGAAGAGAUUCAUAAUCCUCAAUCACCUCCACCUUCAAUGUCGACAUCAGGAUCACGAAGAUUCGAUGGUGUGUCUGCUCCAUCACUCCCUUUACCUACAAUUCCACAGUCUGCUCAAAGUCGAUCUGAACGUCAGUAUUCAAAAGUAUCAGCAAGAGAAUCACUGGCUAGCAUGUCAGCCCGUAAUGCACUUAAUCCAUAUGAAGAUGUUGUAGAAAUAGAAAAUACUUACGCCACGGUUGAUGGUGGUUCCGGUGAUGGGGUUGUUACACAUCAAGCUGUAGCUCCGCCCACUUCCUUUCUCCCACCAAUCAACAACCGGCAUUUUGUAAAUCAACCAGCCAGCUCACAAUCUUCAAAUUUCAGCGAAACUUACGCAGAAAUUGGAGCCUCAGGUGGAACUUUCAAUUCUAUACCCAGUGUUCCCAUUCCGCCAUCCUUAGAUUCACUACAUUCCAUGAAAAAACAUGAGAGGCGUCAUCUAGCAACGCCUGAAGAUACAACCUUAGACGAAAAUACGCCAAAAUCUGUUUCACCAAAACGCUCCAGUUUCUCACCCACCACUGCUCUUCCAGUUUUACCCGGUAUGUCGACGAGUUUACAUGAAAACGAUGUGACCCUUGAACCCAAUUAUCAAAGUGUCAAAGACUCAAUAGACGAUAACGAGAGUGAAAACGAUCCGAAUUACGAAUCAGUUGAUGAAGCAAGAUCGAAAUUACCAGAGCCCAAAAGACAGAGGAGGCACGUUUACGAAGAGGUCAGUCCAACAAAUUCUGAACCUACGUCUCCGAAUAAUGUCCGGGAUCGUGUUUUAAACAGACAUACUUACGAGGAUAUAAGUGAUGUAAAAGAAAAAAAGAAAAACAUAAAGGGCAAACCAAAAAAUGGAAAGAAAUAAUCAUGUGUAAAUAUUUGUAUAUAUAUAUGUCUUUUUAACCAAAAUUUUACAAAGCUUACAAAAUUAACACCUAAUAUGUUUAAAGGUGUCUGAAAGAGUGGAGAAACUGUUUUUUACUUGGAUAGAAAAUGUGCUCAAAACAAUGAAAACGAUCAAGGAUUUUGUGUUUUUAUGUGAAAUAAUUUAUCAACUUUUUAUGAUUUAUGGUUGUAUAAUGGACUGGAUUUACAUGUAUAGUAUUGAAUUGUUUAUUUGGACAUUUUAAGAAAUGGAAUGAUUUUUAUAAGAUUUUAUAUGUGAAUGAGAAACACAUGACAAUUAUUAAAACUUGGAGACACAAUAGUUUUAAACAUUGUUUUAGAUGUAGAUUGACCUUUAGUAUAAACAGGGGUUUGUAAACAACGAGCUGCUAAGUGGUUUUGGUUCUGCUAUUCAGUCGUUAAAGGAGCUGAACCUCUUUGAAUUAGGUCAAAAUUCAGAGUAGGUAACUGGAUAAUUAUAAUCAUUUUCUAUACAUGUAGUGCUCAACAUUCAGAUAAUUUGACUGUUCUUUAGGAUGAAGAAGUAGGGGACUACUGAAAUGGAUUUGUCUGUCUGUCCGUCACACUAAUUGGAACACAAUAAUUCUGCCUUGAAUUGAGGUGAAUGCUUUGAUAGAGUUUGAUGAUGAGCAUUUUCUGCUUAGGAUAAGUAGAGAUAAGCAUGUGUAUUUUUCGAUGCUUUGGGAUACAAUAUCUUUGAUUCUAAUUCAGUGAUAUUGACAACAAUACCUUGAUUAAAUAAGUAUGAAUAGCAUUUGAUUGGUCGAUUAAUGAAUGUCAUCGAUUUAUUUAGGGAUGAGGCCAGGGACAUUGGCCUUACUGUUGGGUUGCUUGAUUAGUGUUUAUGCAAGCUUAAUUCAGUUAGUAAUGAUACAAGAUAAUGAGACAAGCUUAAUUCAGUUAGUGAUGAGGCAAGCUUAAUUCAGUUUGUGAUGAGGAUUGUUUUAUUUAAAGUCUGAACCUGAUCUGUUACUAUUAACUUUUGCAGACAAUUUUCAACUGAAUCCCAAAAUUUCCUGUGCGCCUGUUGACAAUUCAAAGUUUUUCACAUCUGCAAUGAUUGAAUACAGCAUAAAUUCAAUUAAAAUUUACGUAUUUCAAUUGAAAAUUUGUGGCAUAUUGUCUGACGCCACAGAUUGAUUGCUCAGCUUGACAUUUACUUGUCUUGAUCACACCAGACCCAAUUUUCUCUAAUUAAGACUACAACAAAUAGUAGUUUGCACACAAUUGCAUCAAUCUAUGUUAAAUUCUUUACAAUGCUGCAUUUAAUUUUUCUCUUUUAACCAGUUAGACAGCUUAAAGAAAUCUCUGUGUGACCUUUGACAUUGUAUACAACAUUUACUCAUUUACUAAUAUUUGUUGUAAUCGAAGCAAAAACAAUAUAUACAUUGAUUGCAAAAUGUGGCCCAAGAAGUAAGCCAUUCUUCAAUACUGAAUUAUAGGUUUGUUUAUAUAUAUACUGUAUUACAGUUUUUAUAUUAAUGACCUUUUUACUUACAUUUAUAUAUGUACUUACAUUGUUUAAACAGAUGUGUAAUUUAUCUCUAACAGCUUCCCUGAUUGGCUGAUGGCUCGGCUAUCCAUUAAAGAGACAUUAUCACUUCUGACAGGAAAGGAUAUAUGUUAGGAUAAAUUAUUUGUCUCAACUCGAACCAGACAAUUGGAAAUUAAAAUAAGACUAGGCUGUAGCGCCCUAUUUGGGCAAUGUUUCCCACAUAGCAGACUGCAUGCUGUAGUCUUCCCGUCUUCAUUAGCCCGUUUGUUCAGAAUGGUAAGAUGCUUAACCCAAAUUAAUGAAGCUUUCUUAAACUAUUUUUAUUAAUAAGGCCCCCUGUAUAUUUAUUUUGUUGUUGAGAGAAAUAAUGCCUCUUUAAUGAUGAGCUUGGCUAAUCAAUGGCCAUUUAAGAAAAAUGUUUUUGUUUAUUUAUAUAUCGUGUAUAUUAUAAGUGCUUUUAUUGAUGGAAAUUAUCCGCUAUUAAUAGAUUGUAUAUAGAUUUGUUUUGUAUAUGAAUAUCUGAUAGAGCAAAUCAAAAUCUACUUUAAAAAAAACAUGUUUAUAUAAGCUUACUCUGGGAAUACCUACAGGAAUGAUCUACCAGUACUGAAAACGGUAUGUCACAAUAUUUGUUAUACUAAAGCUUUAUUUAUAUUGACAGCUCAACAUACUUGGCUCGAAACUUGAUACAUGUAUAUAUACUGCCACUAGAGCAUAUUACUAACUAACCAGCUCUUCCCACAAAAUAUAAAGUAAGGAUUAAGUGGGGGUGGGGCUAAGUUGAGUUGCGAUGUGGUGGGGUCACCUAGGAAAAGAGAGACUGAAUUAUGUAAAGUAGUUACAAUACAUAUUGUAACUCUGGAUACAAAACCCAACUUAAAUCUACCCUUGUUGGUGAUGAAACAGUUUUCUUUGCAACUUGUAGUGACUAAAACACAACUGUGAAACCACCUUUUCUUUUUGUGCGACCGUGAAUCUAUGGUUGUUGGCAUAUAAAUUAUUGUGAGAAUAUCUGUAAUGUCAAAUGAAAUCAAGGAUUAUGAUUGGAUCUAUGACUUGUCAUGGUUGAUAUAUUAGAAUCUAUUGAUUGGCACCGCGAUUAACUUUUGUAUUAAAGUUGAGAUUUUAAAUGUCAAGCCACAA